GGAAUAAGGGAGGAGCCGGGCAGCUCUGGGCUGGCUCCGGUGCGGCUGCUGCUGCUUUACGGUUCCAGCCAUAGCUGGCUCAAGCAGCGAUACCACAAGUGGCUUGUGCGCUGCCGCUGCAGGACGAGCUGAUCGGAGCGCCCGGCCCAGCGGCAGGGCAGCCAGUCCGCCGGAGGGAGCCGCGCCGGCGGUGCGAGGCGAAGGAGGAGCGUCUGCCCGGGGAGCAGUGGGCGAAGAAGUGCAGUGACUGCGGGGAGAGGCUGUGCCCCGUGCCCGGCUGCCAGCAGAGCCGCUCGCCAGGUGGUCGCUUCCCUGCAGGUGAAGCCAGCCCAGCCCACGGGGGCGGGGGCGCGCAAUGGUGCCCUUGGCAGGCACCGGGCGGGACUGCGCUGCCCUCCCGGCUCAGCGAGACCUCGGCAGCUGCUAAGCGGGGACCGUCUCCGCUUUCCCCGCCCAGCGGCGGGCUGCAGGAGCCUCUGGCGGCGAGGGGCAGGGCGAGCCCGGCGGGCGGCGAAGCAUGGCAUCUGCUUAGCUCCGGCGAGCGGCACCAGCAGAGCCGGGGACGCCGCGCGGGGCUCCGCAGGGAUGAGCGACAGCAGCGAGGGGAUCAGCUUCUCGGUGCCCAGCCCGCCGAGCGGCGGCUGCCUGCACCAGGAAGGGCUCGGCGGGGUCAGCCGGAGAGCGCCGGGGCCCGACGGGGGCGCCCGGAGCCUCCUCCCCGCCCCGGCCUCGCCGCCAGCCGGCACCUACUGGAACGAGGACAGCAGCGCUGCCUGCCCCGCGGCGGGGACUGGAGCCCGGGCUAAGGGCGGCGGCACCAGGAGGACCACGGUGACCUACGUGAUCAACGAGGAGAGCCAGGGGCUCCUGGUGGCGGCGGAGAGCGGGGCCCUGCAGAGCCUGCGGGAGGCGUGCGAGGCGGUCGGGGCCUCCCUGGAGACCUUGCACUUCGCCAAGCUGGACUUCGGGGAGACCACGGUGCUGGACCGCUUCUACAACGCAGAUAUUGCAGUGGUGGAGAUGAGUGAUGCUUUCCGUCAGCCUUCCUUGUUCUACCAUUUGGGAGUCAGAGAGAGCUUCAGUAUGGCCAACAACAUUAUCCUCUACUGUGAUACAAAUGCAGACUCCCUGCAGUCGUUGAAGUUUCAGAGUACGCUGCUGAGGAAGGCUCUGCUUAGGAGCAGCCUCUUUCAUGAAAUUAUUUGCCAGAAGAAUAAUAUGUGCACUGGUAACUACAUAUUUGUUCCAUAUAUGGUAACCCCACAUAAUAAAGUGUACUGCUGUGAUAGCAGUUUUAUGAAGGGAUUAACAGAGCUAAUGCAGCCCAGUUUUGAAUUGCUCCUUGGGCCAAUAUGUUUACCUUUGGUGGAUCGCUUCAUUCAACUCUUGAAGGUGGCACAGGCCAGUUCAAGCCAGUAUUUCCGGGAGUCCAUUCUUAAUGAUAUCAGGAAGGCCCGCAACCUGUACACAGGCAAAGAGCUAGCUGCAGAACUGGCAAGGAUACGACAGCGAGUGGAUAAUAUUGAACUCUUGUCUGCGGACAUCGUAAUAAAUUUGCUGCUGUCCUACAGAGACAUUCAGGAUUAUGAUUCCAUUGUGAAACUGGUGGAAACUUUAGAAAAGCUGCCUACCUUUGACUUGGCCUCCCAUCACCAUGUGAAGUUUCAUUAUGCAUUUGCACUAAACAGGCGAAAUCUACCUGGAGAUAGACAGAAAGCUUUAGAAAUUAUGAUACCCCUGGUACAACAUGAAACUCAGGUAGCUUCAGAUAUGUACUGCCUGGUGGGACGAAUCUACAAAGAUAUGUUUUUGGACUCUGGGUUUACAGACAUAGAAAGCAGAGACAAUGGGACAUCCUGGUUCAAGAAGGCGUUUGAGUCAGAGCCAACAUUGCAAUCGGGAAUUAAUUAUGCAGUACUCCUACUGGCAGCUGGACACCAGUUUGACACUUCUUUUGAGCUACGGAAAGUUGGGGUAAAGAUCAGUAGCCUGCUUGGUAAAAAAGGGAAUUUGGAGAAGCUGCAGAGUUAUUGGGAAGUCGGAUUUUUCUUGGGGGCCAGUGUCCUGGCCAAUGACCACCUAAGAGUGAUCCAGGCUUCAGAAAAACUAUUUAAGCUAAAGGCACCGGCAUGGUACCUCAAGUCUAUUGUAGAAACUAUUUUGAUAUAUCAGCAUUUUAAGAAAUUGUGUCCAGAACAACAUGUUGCCAAACAGGAACUUGUAGACUUUUGGAUGGACUUCCUAGUUGAAGCCACAAAGACAGAUGUGUCUGUAGUUAGAUUUCCAGUUUUAAUAUUGGAACCAACAAAAAUUUACCAGCCUUCAUAUCUGUCCAUCAAUAGUGAGGCGGAGGAGAAGACCAUAUCUAUCUGGCAUGUCCUACCUGAUGACAAGAAAGGUAUUUAUGAGUGGAACUUCAGUGCUGCUUCUAUCAGGGGAGUAAGUAUUUCAAAGUUUGAGGAGCGAUGCUGUUUUCUUUAUGUACUGCAUAACUCAGAUGACUUUCAAAUCUAUUUCUGCACAGAACUGCAUUGCAAGAGGUUUUUUGAUAUGGUGAAUAGUAUCACUGAAGAAAUAGGGAAAAACACAGAGGAAGGGGACUGUGAUGGAGAUUCUGUAGAGUAUGACUACGAAUAUGAUGAAAAUGGUGAGAGAGUCAUUUUGGGGAAAGGAACUUACGGCAUAGUUUAUGCAGGACGAGAUCUGAGCAAUCAAGUUAGGAUUGCCAUUAAAGAAAUCCCAGAAAGAGAUAGCAGGUAUUCCCAGCCUUUACAUGAAGAAAUCGCUCUGCAUAAGCACCUCAAGCACAAGAACAUUGUGCAGUACUUAGGUUCCCUUAGUGAGAAUAGUUUUAUUAAGAUAUUCAUGGAACAGGUGCCAGGGGGCAGCCUUUCUGCUCUUCUGCGUUCAAAAUGGGGACCACUAAAAGAUAACGAGCAGACAAUUGGUUUUUACACCAAGCAGAUUCUUGAAGGAUUAAAAUACCUCCAUGAUAAUCAGAUAGUACAUCGAGACAUAAAGGGUGAUAACGUGCUUAUCAACACAUACAGUGGAGUUCUAAAGAUUUCAGACUUUGGAACAUCAAAGAGACUUGCGGGGAUCAAUCCAUGUACUGAAACUUUCACUGGUACCCUUCAGUAUAUGGCACCAGAAAUAAUAGACAAAGGGCCACGAGGCUAUGGGAAAGCUGCUGACAUCUGGUCUUUGGGGUGCACUAUUAUUGAAAUGGCCACAGGGAAGCCUCCAUUUUAUGAACUGGGAGAGCCACAGGCAGCUAUGUUUAAGGUGGGAAUGUUUAAAAUACACCCAGAGAUCCCUAAAUCCAUGUCAGCAGAGGCCAAAGCCUUCAUACUGCGUUGCUUUGAACCAGACCCUGACAAGCGAACUUUUGCUAAUGAACUACUUGUAGAUGAGUUUUUAAAGAUUUCAAGCAAGAAGAGAAAAUCCCAGACAAAACUCUUAGCUCUUUCAGCUAGCUCAAAUGAAUACCUUCGGAGCAUAUCUUUGCCUGUCCCUGUUCUGGUAGAAGAUACGAGCAGUAGCAGUGAAUAUGGCUCUGUUUCACCUGACACAGACUUAAAAAUUGAUCCAUUCUCUUUCAAAUCAAGAGCCAAAUCAUGUGGAGAAAAAGAUGCAAAAGGAAUCCAGUCCCUUUUUCUGAGCAUCCCAGAUGAGAAUUUUGAGGAUCAUAGUGCUCCUCCUUCACCUGAAGAGAAAGAUUCUGGGUUCUUCAUGCUAAAAAAAGACAGUGAGCGAAGAGCCACUCUCUACAGAAUAUUAACAGAGGACCAAGAGAAGGUGGUGAGGAACUUAAUGGAAGCCUUAGCUCAGGGAGCUGAAGAACCCAAACUAAAAUGGGAGCACAUCACAACUCUCGUUGCCAGCCUCAGAGAAUUUGUAAGGUCAACUGAUCGCAAAAUCAUUGCGACCACUCUUUCAAAACUAAAACUGGAGUUAGACUUUGACAGUCAUGGUAUUAGUCAAGUCCAGUUGGUGCUAUUUGGUUUUCAAGAUGCUGUCAAUAAAGUUUUACGAAAUCACAACAUCAAGCCGCACUGGAUGUUUGCCUUGGACAGCAUAAUUCGAAAAGCUGUGCAGACUGCUAUUACUAUUCUGAUCCCAGAACUGAGGCCACACUUUAGUCUUGCAUCUGAAAGUGAUACAGCAGAUCAGGAUGACAUAGAAGUUGAAGAAGAUCAUGAUGAACAGCCUCAGAAUCAAAAUAUUCAACGGCCUUGCAUUGUCAUAGAAGAUGCUGUAGCUACCUCAGGUGUGAGCACACUCAGUUCUACAGUGUCCCACGAUUCCCAGGCUGCUCAUAGAUCACUGAAUGUGCAACUAGGGAGGCUAAAAUUAGAGACAAAUAGGCUACUAGAAGAGUUAGUGCAGAAGGAGAGAGAAUUUCACACCCUUUUGCAACAAGCUAUAGAAGAAAAGGAUCAAGAGAUCAAAAACCUGAAGCUUAGGUCACAACGAGUAGAUAUCCCUGGACUGUCUGUCUGUUACCUUAAUCCUUCUGGCACAGGGGUUGAAGACUCUGAUCUCAUAAACUGGCUGAGAACUAAUGGAGCUGAUGAAGAUACUAUAAAUAGGAAUCAAUGGAUAUAUCUGACAAAAGUAGCCGGACUUUCAAUUCGGACUUCUUUUCCCUCCCCCAAAGUUUUUGGCAGAAGACUACACAUUAAUGGAUGUUCUCUGCUACGUUACACGAGAUGAUCUGAAAUGCCUGAGACUAAGAGGAGGGAUGCUAUGUACGCUCUGGAAGGCCAUCAGUGACUUUCGAGAGAAACAUGCUUGAUGCUGGCUAAAUCAGUUUCUACUUCUCUGCAGAGAUUUAGAGAUUUUCUACAGCAUAGAGCAGGUUUGCUGUCAGAGAGAGUGUUGCACUUUAAUCCAGUAUUUGUUUACCAAUGUUAAAAACACUGCAGCUCUUGACUGCAUUUACACCAACAAUCCCUAAGGAGUCUGUAAACACCCUUUUACAUUAUUUUAGUUUUAAAUGAUUUUACAUGGAAGCUUUUUUUUAAUCUUAAAAUCUGUUGUAGAUAAAGUAACCAGGUGGUAAUUUUACACAAAACCUAUGUAAGAUUUCAUGUGAUUGUGCAUCACUGGAACAAAACCAAAAUGUGACAACCUUUCAAGUUUAUUCUUCUUUGUUAUAUACCAUAAUAAUCUGUAGUAGAACUUCAUAAUUUCAAUUAUCAUGUAAAGCUUACAUUUUUUUCUUUUAGUGUGCAGAACCUAAAAGUAAUUGUUUUUACUUACUGCCCUAUAUAAAUUUUAAUAUUGUUUAUUUUUGGUAACUUAAGUUCCCUGGUCUACAGUACAUUUGUUUUCAAGUUGUUUAUGUACUACUGAACUGUACCAGUUGUAUAUGCCUGAACCAUAGUAAUGUUAGCUUGUUCUAAAGCUAUCUAUUGUGACAUACAAACAUACAUUCUUAAAAAUAAAGAAUCUAAGAAUAUAA